CGCCAUCUCUGCAAAUAUCGAUAAGUUCUUGCGAUAUGAACGGAGUCAAACGUCUUGCGGAAAAUUAGUUUGCCCGAGAAAAGCUACAUACAAAAGAUAACCAGAAAAUGGCCUCGCGUAGCAGGAGCCGCUCGCGUAGUCCACGCAGAGACCGUUAUGGAGAAGGACGCGACGGCGGCAGAUCCCAUGUGCGCUCGGACAGGCGGGAUUCGCACAAGCCGGUUUCACACCGUCGUCAUCCAGAGUCUAAAGACGGAGAGCGGGAUAGGGAAAGGUUAACGCGUCCAGAAAGAAGAAAUGGUCAUGGUAACGAUACACGAGAGCUACAGCGACGUCAACGUUCUCGCUCUCGCUCAUCGAGCACGGACAGCAACAACAGCAGUAGCAGUGACAGCAGCAGCGGGAGCAGCCCAAGUAGCGGGAGUAAAGCACGCAAUCGGAGUCGGAGCCCGGUGAAAAAGCGACAAAAGCCUGUUGAACGCUGGCCCAAUGAUCGCUUCCAGGAUAACAACGAGAGGAAUCCGUUCAGGGGACGCGCACCCGAAGGCAGCUUUAUCAACGAUCCGGCCGAACGGACAGGUCGAAGCAAUCAGCACCACAGAGGAGGCGGCGGCGGGGGGCAAGCCAAAUGGGAUUCAAAAGUCCUAAAUGCGCGACGGGCACAACGUGUUCGCAUUGGAGAGGAUGGUGUGCCCGAGGUGUGGGGAUCGAGUCCGACACGAACGCACGACCGAGAUGUGAAGCUGGUUAAGGGUUCCUUUGUGGGCCCCAGCAAAAAGAAGAAGAAAAAUCAAAAGAAGAGCAGCAAGAAAUCGAAGAAGAGAGCGAAGAAAUCAAAAAAGAAAAAGAGCAAGAAAGUUGCCAGCAGCUCAUCGGAGAGCAGCUCCACAUCCGCCUCAUCAUCAUCAUCGAGUUCCAGCAGCGAGGACAGCUCCACAAGCUCAGACAGCUCCGACAGUGAGGAUGAGGAGGAUCUCUGGCUGGAAAAGACUGCGGAUGGCGUUAAGAAGCCCACCAAAAAGAAAGCCAAGAAGAGCGCACAGAAGAAGCACAAGAAGAACAAGAAAAAACGCAAAUCCGACUCCGACAGGCACAAAAAGUCCUCCUCCGGUGCCAGCAAAUCCAAAUCGAAGUCGAAGUCAGGUGCCGCCAAUAACGAUGAGGAUGUGGGCCCAUCUCUGCGCAGUGGCGGCAGCUUGAAUCAAAAGGACUUUGGUCGUGCCCUGUUGCCAGGAGAGGGUGCCGCCAUGGCCGCCUACAUUGCCGAGGGCAAGCGCAUACCCCGACGUGGUGAAAUCGGACUCACAUCCGACGAAAUAGCCAACUUUGAGUCGGUCGGCUACGUGAUGAGUGGAAGUCGCCAUCGGCGUAUGGAAGCUGUCCGUAUACGCAAGGAGAAUCAACUUUAUUCCGCCGACGAGAAGCGUGCUCUGGCAAUGUUUAGCAAGGAGGAGCGACAGAAGCGAGAGAAUAAGAUAUUGACACAAUUCAAGGACAUGAUCCAUUCAAAACUGCAAGCUAAGGAUAAGAAGUAGAGAUUAGUCAUUUGUAAUAUAUAUUAAUAAAUUGCAUAUUUUUUUCAAUUGUGAA